GCAAAACAUAACCAUAAAGUGACAGUUGAGGCAUGGACCUACUGUGCUGCCAAUAAUGAAGACAAAAUCAAAAAAAAACUCCUCGAAAACCAAGGCAGUAGCCGGUUCAUCGAUUUCUAAACCUGUCACAAGAGGCAAGGAAAGACAGUACAAUUCACAGCAGUUAUAUGAUGCUCUUGAUGCACUUGGAAAAGGUGUAUCAUUUAGAGAAGCUGCAGUUCAUUUCGAUAUACCUAAAAGUACUCUGCAUGAUAAGAAACAUAACCGCACUCCCGUUGAAUGCCCAAAAGGAUCACAUACAGAAUUAACUCGAGAAGAAGAGGUAGAUAUAGCUAAUUGGAUAAUAAACAGGGCAGAAACGGGGUUUCCAGUGAGUAAAGAUCAUUUAUUGGAUUGUGUUGAGAAGUACGUGACAGCUCUGAAUAGGAAAGUGAGAUUCAAAAAAAAUAGACCAGGUACACGCUGGUACAAAGCAUUCUUAGGAAGACAUCCUAUAGUGGCUGAGCGAAUUUCUCAAAAUCUUACCACAACUAGAGCUUCUGUAACUGAAACUAACUUACGUCAAUGGUUUACUAAGAUUAAUGCUUAUUUGAAAAAAAAGAAUUUAUUAGAAAUUACUGAUGAACGAGUAUUCAAUUUAGAUGAGACCGCCUUUCAACUAGUUCCAAAAGAUAAUCAUGUUCUGGCAAAAAAAGGUGCAAAAUCUGUGUACAAAAUAGUUUCAAGCGAUGAGAAGGCAUCCUUGACUGUUUUAUUUGUUGCUGCAGCAAAUGGAAUAUUACUGCCACCAAUGAUCCUUUUUGAUUGUAAGACUACUCCUCGACAAACUACAUUAUCUAAAAUUCCAAAAGACUGGGGCGUUGGACAUUCAGAAUCAGGCUGGAUGACAGCAGAAACUUUUUACCAUUAUGUGAAAAAUUGCUUUAUUCCAUGGCUACAAAAGAACAGUAUUGAAUUGCCAGUAGUAUUGUACGUUGAUGGCCAUGUGUCUCAUCUUUCUUAUCCACUCAUGCAGUUGUGCGUUGCUAAUCAAAUUGAACUGAUUACAUUGUACCCAAACUCAACACAUAUUAUUCAGCCUCUAGAUGUGGCCCUGUUUCAUCAAUUAAAAGACAAGUAUAGAGAAACGUUGAGAAAGUGGAGGUUUGAUAAUGAUGUGGUUGAUUAUAAGAAACAUUCGUUUGCUCCUGUGCUGGAACUAACAUUGCAAAAUAUUGAUGUAACUUCAAGUAUCACAAAUGGAUUCAGAACAACAGGCUUGUUUCCAUUGGAUGCAGAUGCUGUCGACUAUGGUGUUUUGAAUAAAAAUAAGAAGAAAAAGAAAAUAGUUGAAUGUUUACCUGCUAUACCAAAUCAGAAAAAUGAAAACUUGGAAUUUUAUGAAAAAAGCAUAUUGGCACCUACUGUAUUAGACCAAUUCAAAAAACAUAUUUUGGAAGAAAGUUGGAGUGGAGAUCCAGAUUUAACCAACCAUUUCAUUAUGUGGAAAAAACUGCUUAAUUCAAGUACGCCAAUUAACUCAGGUAUGGUUGACAACUCAAGCUCUAAAAAUGUAAUCACUACUACCACACAUGAGACCACUAGUCAAAAUGGAUCAAUUAUAUUAUCUCAACAUGAGAGUAGUGAUGGAAUAUUACCUCUGCCUGAAGUAUUUACACAAGAAGAAUCUACUGCAGUUAAUGGUGCAAUUGAAAUUGAAAUUGUUGAUGAAUUCUGUACAGCUAAUGAGACUGAAUCAACUGUAAACCAACAAGUUUUCACUAUAACUCCAAAUGUUGAAACUAGUCUUAGUCUUAGUUUAUGUGAAGAAAAUACUGAAAAUAUUUUUGAGUCUACAAUUGAAAAUAAUAAUAAUGAAAUUAUCAGUGAAGUGGUAACUCUUAAGUACACUAGUCCAUUGCAGAAAGUUUAUUCUAGUCCAAGCCAAAAAAAUUAUAUUAGUUGCAGUACGGUUCAAGAAAAUAUUCAUUGUGCUGAAUAUUUUGAAUCACUUAAUAGAGAUGUUAAUAAGGCGAAAUCUGGUCCCAUUGAUGACACUGAUAUUCAUGCAGAAGUGGAUAUUACUACUAGUACAGUAGACAAUAAUAGUCAAUUAUUCAAAGAUGAUUCAUCUGAAAAUAGUAGAUCACUUGAUGACAAGCGAUUAGAGUCUACGUCCUUUAAUGCAGAUUUAUUUAUCGAUGAUAUUCUGGAUUUAAGCAAUAAUUCUAAAAGUAAAGAGGAGAGGAGUCUUCAAUUUAUUGCUGCAAAUGAUAAUGCAGUUGACAAAACGGCUGCUUUUGAAACUUUUUUCAAAACUCCUGAAUUUAAGGGAAAAAGAACCAUAGCGAAAAAUGGCCCUCGUUGUGCACCUGCUUCAACUGUAGAAGAUAUCAUGAAGGUCCAUGAAAGAAAAGAAAAAGAGAAAAAGAAGAAAGAAGCAGAGACAUUCAAAAAUAAACAGAAAAAAGAGAAGAAUAAAGUAUUAAAAGAGAAAGAAAUAAAUAUAAAUAAAAAGACCCAAGCGUAUUUGUCAAAAUUGACCCAAGAAAAAAAAGAGAUAAUGACAAAAAUUAAAACAUUAAAAACUUCAUUGAAGUCUGGAGCAUUGAAAGAAAAUAAAUGUGAUUACGAUAAGCAAUUAAAGCUCUUAAAUAUAAGACUAGAUGAAGUAACAGAGUUGGUGGCCGAAGAAAGAUUAAAAGCUUUCUUGAUUAAAUAA